GGCUCGUCUUGCGCAUUUUUUUCUAUUUCGCGGGGGAGAGCUUCGCUUUCAAAUACCACCGGUGUUGCAUCCGCUAAUUGUAGCGUAGUGGAAGCAGCGUAGGGUAGUGUGGCAGCAGCACUUGAUGGAGGCCUCUUCCCUUCUUCCACCCAUCCACCCCCAAUUCAGCCUCUCGAUUGCCGUUCCAGAGCCAAGAUGUCAUCGAGCUUGGUCAACGCAGCUGUCGGUGUCGCUCUCGCGGCCUACGUCGACGCCAAGUACAGCGUCGGAAACGAUCUCUACCUGGGCAAGAAUCUGUACGGGAGCAACUGGGACCACUUCAUCCGCACAUGGAGAGGGGAACCCUCGAUGUACUACUACUUCCAGAGCACCGUAAAGAGGCAGCCCAACGACGUCGCCUACAUCUUUGAGGGCAAGCAGUGGACCUGGGCUCAGGCCGAUGUAGAGGUUCGUCGGCUGGCCAACUGGUUACUCGGUAAGGGCCUCAAGUCGGGAGAUCGCAUCUCGCUCUUUCUGCACAACACCGUCUUCUACCCUCUGCUCUGGCUUGCAUGCCUGUCCAUCGACGUGGUUCCCGGCUUCAUCAACAACAGCCUUACCGCGACAGGCUUAGCCCACUGCGUCCGCGUGUCGAGGGGUCAGAUUGUCAUCUAUGAGCCCUCGCUCGAGGCACCUCUGGUCGAGAUUGCAGAAGAGCUGGCCAAGUCGACGAGCGCAAAGGAAUUCGUCUGCCUCGAUGACGGCGUCAGCAACGGCAGCCUUGAGAAGUUUCAGCCUUCGUCACGCCUCCCCAACGCCACUUUCUUUGGUCCUGCGGAUCUGGCCCAGCAGAGCACCCGACCCACUGACCCAAAGUUGAGGAGCAAGGUGUCAGACCGAACUGCUGCCUGCUUGAUCUUCACCAGCGGCACAACUGGCCUUCCCAAAGCCGCCCUCUGCGCCCAUGGCCGCAUUGGUUUUGCCAUGGCCAUGUGGCCCAGGGUCAACCGCUUCUCCAGUAAGGACCGCAUAUACACGCCCAUGCCACUUUACCACUCGUCGGCCUCGUUCUUAUGCGUUGGUGCCGGCUGGCACUCGGGCGCGACAGUCAUUAUUGGCCGAAAAUUCAGCGCAACAAAGUACUGGGACGAAGUGCGAAAGUACGAUGCAACAGUGGUGCAGUACAUUGGCGAGAUCGCCCGCUACCUGUUGGCGGUGCCCCCACACCCCGACGACAAGAACCACCGGGUGCGGUUGGCGUAUGGCAAUGGUAUGCGUCCAGACGUUUGGGAGAAGUUUCGAGAGCGAUACAAUGUACCCCACGUUAUGGAGUUCUACGCCUCGUCCGAAGGCAACGGCGCCUUGAUCAACUACAAUACGGGCCCCUUCGGUGCCGGUGCCGUUGGCUACACUGGUUGGCUCGGUCGCAAGGCCAGGCCCGAAUACCGGCUGAUUCAAGUCGAUGCCAUUACCGAGGACAUCUAUCGUGGGCCCGAUGGCCUCUGUGUCGAGUGCAAGCCCAACGAGGCCGGUGAAUUCGUCAUGCUCAUCGAUGCUUCCAAGCCUGCUGGUCAAUUCCUUGGCUAUGCCGACAACCCGGAAGCGACGAACAAGAAGAUUCUGCGAGAUGUCUUCAAGAAGGGCGACAUGUGGUUCCGAUCAGGUGACCUCAUGCGGCUGGACGAAAACGGCCACUACUGGUUUGGCGAUCGCCUCGGCGACACCUUCCGAUGGCGCAGUGAAAAUGUGAGCACGGCCGAGGUGGCUGCCGCGCUCGGCGAGGUUAUUGAGGAAGCAAACGUCUACGGUGUUCUGGUGCCCAACCACGACGGUCGAGCAGGCUGCGCAGCCAUUCCCUCCAACAACGCCCAGGCGCUCGACCUGGCCAAGCUGGCACAACACGCCCGCAAGGUUCUACCAAAGUACAGUGUACCCCUGUUCCUGCGAAUCGUGCCUCAGAUGGAUCAGACGGGUACAGUGAAGCAGCUUAAAGUGGCGCUCCGCAACGAAGGAAUCGACCACGCCAAGUGCGGAUCGGACCCUCUCUACUGGCUGCCACCUGGCGCAAGUGCCUACCUGCCCUUUGAACCCAAGGACCUCAAGGCAAUCGAGGCAGGCAAAGUCAAGCUGUAGUGCCUCCUCCUCUUUCCCCGUACAUUUCCUUCCUCCCCUCCUCUUCUCUUUUCUUUAUUCUCUCCUUUGCCUCUCUCUCACAUUGGGUGGCCACAGUUCUUGCACUCCUUCUCUUCUAAUGGAACUCUCAGA